UUGCGCGUUGUGUGUUGAAGUGUUCAGCCUCCUCUUUGUUUGUUCUCUCUUUCUUUGUUGCCACAAAGCAAACACACCCGCCCCCUAGCCUCUCCCUUCCCUCCUCCUCUGAUCCAACGACAACUGCUUCUCCACCAAGCCAACCAGCCAUGCUCUUGGUAUCUCGCUUCAUGCUGCUCGCUGUGGCGUGCCUCGCUGCUGCCAACAAGAGUCUACUGCUGGCUGUCGCCGCGAAUGACGUGCCCUACCCUUAUUUCGCCUCGGACUCCUCGGGCCACCUGCACAUCAACACGACAUCCCCGGAGCAGGAUGUGUUUGUGAAUGGCGUCAGCUUCAAACAGCUGGUGGAGGACGUGAAGGAGCUCAAGGCCGUUGUUGGCCUCACUGAUGGCGCGCAGGACUCGCGCAGGGGCCGCAUCACGGACGUGUUUGAGGUGUACGACGACGCCGUGUACAUCUCCGCACCAAAUGGUGUCUUCUUCAGCUCGUCCAAGGAGCACAAGGUGACGGAGGCUGCGGACGGCUGGAACCCAGUCACAGUCUCUGCCCUCGUUGGCGACUACAUGACCUUCAAGUGGAGCUCGCUGGAGGCCGUGUACGAGACCAUGAGCGACGGUUCAACAGCAGUGCAGGGCGGGUUCAGCAGCGGCAACGCCAAGAUUGGGGGCGAGUUCACCAUCCGCCUUCGCGAGGCAAAGACCUACUACUUCCGCGCCGCCAACAAAGGCUUUGUGUGCACGGUUGUUGCCAAGCCCGCCGGUGUCGCCCCUGCAGUGCAACAGCUGCAGGUCGGCCGCGCCAACUACAACUUUGAGAUUGUGGGCUUUGGUGAGGACGCCGGCUCGAACUGCGAAAACCUGUAUGGUGCCAUGUACAACUCCAACGGCGCUUGCAAGUGCCGUGAAGGUGCCGUGAAGCGCAUGUACCGCAGUUACGAUAGUGAUGAUAUCUACAUGUGCGUUGUUGCCCGUUAGAGGCUGAAACGGCAAGCGUGGCCGAAGAGCAGUGCAGUGCAGGUGAGGUGACCGCACGUGUACCCCUGUGCAUGGCUGAACCGGGACAUUGGUGUCUGUCUCUGUCUCUGUCUCUGUCUGUCUGUCUCUCUCUCUCUCUGUCUCUCUCUCUCUCUGUCUCUCUCUCUGUCUCUCUCUCUCUCUGUCUCUCUCUGU